AUGGCCGAUUUACAGUCUCCAGCCUCCAUGGCCCAUCCGUCUCCGGCACCAUCCUUCAGAUCCAGAUCGAGACCGUCUUUGCGCCGGCGAGAUUCUUCCCCACCAUCUUCCCCUCCACCUAGUCUCCCAACGCCCGCGUUCUCCCCCGAUGGACAAACAGACGAAGAUGAUAUCAUCGAGGAUACUUUGUCACCUUUCGAUCCGCGCAGAAUCACACCUACUCUCCAUGCAUCUCUAGUUUCGGAGAUUCUCUCGCUGCGGCGGGAGAUAGAGAACAAAACCAAGUCAAUUGAUGUAUUGGAAGACAGCUUGGACCAAUCAAGGACGGAAAAUGAAACAUUGACCGCCAAUCUCUCCCAGGCAACCUGGGAAGGACGUUCGUUGAAACACCAAAUCCAACUCCUGGAAGGUGGGACGUCAUCUGCAAUGACCGAGCUAGCUCGGGAGCGCGAUGAAGCGGUCGAAAAUAUCGGCGAUGUUCGUAAGAAGCUCGAGCAAGCACAGAAAAAAGCUCGAGGUCGGGAAGAGGACCUCGAACGAACCCAAUUACUUUGGAGUCGCGACCAAGAGUCCUGGGCGGAUGAGCGCCGAGCCCUGGAACGCAAGGUUCACGUAGUGGAGGGCCGCCUGAAGACCGUUUUGAACGAGGUCGCAGCCGCCCAGGAAGUGGCGACUAACCACUCAUCACAGCCGAGUGAGAAUGCUGAUCAUGACAAGAAUAAAGAGAGCGACUCGGCCAGCGUGGCAUCCAGUAGCCUAGGCCGCCGACGCACGAGCGUGACCAGCGUAAGCUCGGAAGAAGGUGAAGAGGCCGUCAUAUUCCAUAGCAUGCGGUACUCGGUUAUGAGCGCUGCGCCUGGCGCCAAGAAUGGUUCAGGCCUGAACCUGGCGGAGGAACUCGACUUUGACGAAGAGGAUGAGUUUGGUCCAUCCGAUGAUGACCUCCCCGUCUCUCCGGAGGCGCUCCCCGAAGAACGACCAAUGUCGGUUCACUCACAGGGGUCGCAUAGUAUUUCUUCCAAGGCCAGGAGGAUCCUGGGUCUGUCCCUUCAGAGUUCAGACUCACACUCACCCACUGCCAUGGAGUUCCGUGCCCGGGAUCUCGGGUUUGCUAGCUCGGUGAAACUUGACUCGGCGGUCGAAUACCACGAUAUCGGCAUCCAGUACUCACCUCCUCCGUCGCCUACGAUAGAAGCGAAGGUUGUAGACAUUGGUCCCGAGUCCAGGAAAAUGGCUUCAGAACCCGAGAAUGAAGACGACAACGCAAACAUACCUGAAACAAAGGACGACGUCACGAUCCCCUUUGCACCUCUGAUGGUUUCUACAUCUUGCCAAACAGUGGAGGAACUCCCAAGUCCUUCAUGGGCACCCAAUGUGACUGAGCCGCCUCAGCCUGUUAAAUCAACACUAGAGCGGGUGCAAAUGACAUCGACCUCCACCCAGACUGAUGUCCUUCCGGAAACAGAUGUCCAAAGCGAGAAUCGUAUCAGUUUGUCGCCGAAUAAUGUCCCAUCCAAGAUGGACAUUCCGAUGAUCGCCAUCCAUCCACCAGGCUCAGAGCCAUCCUCACCUCGGAACAGUGUCGUUCUUCCACCGCAAACCAAGAAUAUCGCUUGCCAGGCCAACUUCCGGGCAAUUGUUGAUUGUCGAUCCGUCGCCAUCCAAACCGAGGAGAUCCGUAUCGAUCAACGCUCUGUCAAACUUCCCGCCAGUCUUCUUCCUUCUGCUAUUCAAGAUGUCCUACCUCGCCCUGAACUUCAGGAACCUAGCCUUGAGUCUUACACUGCGCCCCCGCUUCCGCCACGGUCCGAAAAGCGUCAGAGGCGUCUAAUAACAGAUCACCCGAUAGAUCGUCCCGUGAAGCCUCCUAGAGCACCCGGCCCAGAUCAUGUGCAAGCCUACCCCGGUAACAACGACAAUGGUCCACUCUCAGACGAUGCCUUAUCCAAUAUUCGACGACCGCUACGGUCUAGCAGUCUCUUCGCCGGUUUUGAACACAACAGCGACGAUGAAGGUUCUCACGGCGAACGUGAUGUCUUCACGGACGAUGAGCUCCUCAACCGUCCAUUUGCUGCAUACACUGUCAGCCGUGGCAAACUCAUCACUUCAAAAUCAAGACCUAGUUUGGACGACAUGGCUCUUCCCGAAGUUGCCGAGCAGCUGUCCUCUCCCGAGUCAAGGCCACCCGAUAUUGGCCGUUCUCGAGCCUCCCAACGGUCUGGCACGGCCUCCUCGAGUAUUCGCCAGCCCGGCAUGCGCAAAAUGGCCAUAAUCUCCAGUGGAACUGCUACACACCAGAAGCCCCGUGCCCGCAGUCCCAGCGAACCAAGUCUCGAGAGCGGCAGUGCAGGCUCAAGUAUUGCACCACCGUUCCCCGUGCCCAUGCGUCUAAGCUCACGCAAACUCCCGCUCAACGGCAGCGACGGGCCCCCAAGUCCUACUCGCUCAGCCGGCAGACAGUUCUCAGACCGCGGUCGGCAACCCGUCGUCCGGCGCCCAACCCUCCGCCGAGUGCGAUCUGCUGCAGCAACAUCACAAUCGGAACUUACCGAGGGACCAGAAACUCGUUCUUCUCCGUCACGAUCCAUUUCGACCUUUUCCCCAGAAAGUCCCACAUACCGACCAUACCGACCACCGCCGAUGCCGUGUGAUGAGAUCACAGCACCUCGUGAGCGGUACGGGGCCCCGAAACGCGCCUCGCAUCGUACGACUCCGUCUCAAACUUGGAAUGGUGAACAACGUGAAAGAAAGGAUUCUACCGGCGGCGUGCAGCCGACUAGUGUCGUCGAUGCCAUUGCUCAAACCAUGGUUGGCGAGUGGAUGUUUAAGUACGUCCGUCGACGCAAAUCAUUCGGGAUGGGCGAGUCCAAGGAGAUUUGGGAGGGCAAGAACCCCGACGAUGUGUCGGCAAAUAUCACGAACAGUGGUGUGCGACAUAAGCGAUGGGUUUGGCUCGCCCCUUACGAAGGCUCCAUUAUGUGGAGUAGUAAACAGCCUACCAGUGGGCCUGCAUUGCUCGGCAAGAGUGGUCGGAAGUUCACCAUUCAAUCCGUCCUGGACGUCAAAGACGACAACCCCCUACCCAAAGGCGCCGACCCUUCGAUCCCAUUUAACCGUUCCAUCCUGGUGCUGACACCACAGCGCGCUCUGAAAUUCACAGCGCUAACCGUCGAACGCCACUACGUCUGGCUAACGGCCCUAUCCUUCCUCAGCCAUUCCUCAAUGGGCCUACAAGAACUUGCAGCCCUACCUCCAGUCCCCCAAGAAGAAUCCCCAACCCUACCCCACGCCUUCCACCGUCGAAACCCAAUUCGCGACUCCAUCCGUGUCGCAAAAGGCCGUCCCCGCCCAAUGCCAAAGGGCAAGCGCUCCUUCAACAGCGCCGGCGCUCCAGCCCCAGUCCCAGAACUCCCAGGUGGCAGUAUCGAUUUAGCAGCCGACGCACCACAUGUGCCCCGUUUCUCAUCUCACAACCGCAAACGCAGUAACACCGCACCCCGGGCCCCGGCCCUUCACGCUCUCCGCAGCUUCUCCAGCGCCGGCACGAUGCCCUCUUCACACAGCGGCACCACAGCUGGCUCCCCAGACCUCCACUUCCCCGCCAUGCAGCCCCCACCGCCGGGGAUUGGAAGCCGCCGCAGCAGUAUUAGUCGACGCACUUCCGAGGCGAGUGGCCGUGCUCCCAGCGUGUCGGGCAGCAACAUGUUCGAUAUAGGCACUGUGCGUAUGGAGGCUUUCAUCGAUCACCACGCAGAACAAAUUAAUCGCCCCCGUCCGCCUCCGCGCCAGCGCCAUACCCGCAAAACUUCCAGUCAAUGGAGUGAGAGGCGGUAUGAGUUUGACACGCCUUCGGUUCAGGGCAGCGAGUUCUCAUACCGUCCUGAAGAUCCAUGGCGGGGGUUCUAA